UAUUGUCAGAAAAGCCGACGACUUUCACAAUCACUGUGACAUCUGAAGCGGGAGAAAAUGAUGAAACUGUCCAAACAACCCUUAAAUUUACCUAUAGAGAAAAAUAUCCUGAUGAAACUCCACUUUAUGAAAUAGUCUCACAGGAGAAUCUUGAUGAUAAUGAUGUCAUGGACAUACUAAAACUACUAGAACAACAGGCAGAAGAAAAUUUAGGAAUGGUGAUGAUCUUCACUCUAGUCUCAGCAGUGCAGGAGAAAUUAAAUGAAAUAGUGGAUCAAAUAAAAACACGAAGAGAAGAGGAAAAGAAACAGAAAGAAAGAGAAGCAGAAGAAGAAGAAAAACAACGUUUUCAUGGCACUCCGGUUACCAUUGAGAAUUUCCUAAACUGGAAAGUGAAGUUUGAUGCAGAACUCCUAGAAAUAAAAAGGAAAAAAAUGAAAGAAGAAGAACAAGCGGGCAAAAAUAAAUUAAGCGGGAAACAGCUGUUUGAAAUGGAUCACAACCUCGACACCUCUGACAUUCAGUUCUUGGAGGAAG